CGGCAUGGGGAACAUCGCCUGCGUCCCGCAGGCUCCCGGCGGCUUCAGGAACUCCUUCCGAAGGAAACCCUCGCUGAAGAAGGAACAAAAUGGCAAGAAAAAGCUACCCAGCUUCUUUGGGAUAGAUGGAGGCCAGGAGAGAGACACGACCACGGACAAAAUCCUGCAGUAUAUUCCAGCCAAGAAGCAGGAAAACCAGAAGGAAAACUUGGACCAGAGGUUCCCCAGCCUGUUCAAGAAGGGCCGAAGGAGAACGGUCGUCAGGAAUUUGGGCAAAAUGAUUUAUUACUCCAAGGUCAAGUUUAAGUUCCAGCACUGCCAGGAGGUCAACAGCUGCUUCCUGGAGCUGUUCCAGUCCUACCUGUACUUCCAGUCCACAGGUCCCAACGGCCUCACCUACCAGGGGCUGCUGCCUCUGAAGGAGCUGGAGGUGCGUGAGCUGGGGGCUGGGCAGAGCCCGGGGCAGCAGAACCACGCUUUCCACAUCUCAGGGCCCCUGCUGAACCCCCUGGUGGUGUUCUGCCAGUCCGAGGCCGAGCUGAAGCAGUGGCUGUACCACCUGGAGAAGCAGAUCCAGCUCUGUGGAGGGAGCCUGGCCUUGCCCCUGCUGUCCCAGAGCGGCUGGACGCAGCGCGCCGGUGACAAGGACGAGCUGCGCUGGUCCGUGCAGAACCUGCCCGUGCAGGACUGGAGGGGAACCCAGCGGGAAUCCCUGGGAGAAAUCCUCUGUGUGUCCAAGGUGAAGCUCCAGCACCUGCCCUUCCAGGAGCAGCACGACCGGCUCCUGGUGCUGUACCCCUCCACGCUGGUGAUCGUGUCCGAGGAGCCCGGCGGCCUCUGUUUCAAGGGAGAGCUCCCCCUCAACGCCAUCCAGGUGCUUUUUGAGGAGAACGACAAAAGCUCCUUUCUAAUCGAAGGCCGGCUGAUAAACUCCAUCCGGGUGACCUGUCCCAGCUACCAGGACUACCAGGAGUGGCUCUACUGCCUCAAAACCGCCCAGUUCCGAAACGCAGACUCCUCCCUGUCGGGCUCCGAGAGCUUCUCUGUGGGGUCAAAGCCGCCACCGCCCAGCCAGUUCCCCAGCAGUGGGAGGGGAUCCCUCAGCUCUGAUGGCCGGACGAACUCCUGGGCGUCCGGAGGGAGAGUGACCACGCUGACCCAGCUGUCCCAGACCAGCGGCUCCCUGCCCGACGGCCACUCCUUCCUGCUGAGCCCCGAGGGCAGGCUGCUCGAGGAGCCCCUCUCCCCUGGCUACUCCCAGCCUCUGCAUAGCCUGGCACAGCCCAGCUGGCCCAGCUCAGCGCUGCCCACGCAGGAGCUGCGCAGGGGGAACAGCGCCAGGAAAUCCAAGGGCAAGAGCAGCGGGCAGCAGGUGCCCAGCCAGGAGCCGGAGAGGAGCGUCUGCAGCCUCAUCCCCGAAAACCCCAAGGCAGAGAUGCAGUCCCCGGUGUACCAGGAGCCCUACUCAGCACAGGCCUCCCAGCAGCACCCCCUGGCACAGCUGGAGCUGGGCAGGUUCCUGCAGUGCCACGGGCAGACAGGACGGGCCCAGGGGACUGUGCCAGGUGCCCAGCAGCUGUCCCUGGAGCAGUGGCACUGCCAGCCCCUGCCGGGACACUGCAGGGAGGUGCCCACGGUCCCCAUCUACAGCACCCCGGGCACCUCACGCCGGCUGCAGCUGCGGGCACCUGCCCAGGGCUCCUACCUGGAGGAGAGCCCCUCGCUGCCACGGGAACACCGGGGCCCUGAGCUGCCAACCCCAGAUGUCCCCUGUGCCCUGGCCGAUGCCGGCUGUCCCUGCCGGGACUCCAGCUCCUACCACGACUACGCCGAGCUGCAGAGCUUCCAGAGCGACCUGAGCUACGACAACCUGUGGGAGGCGGAGGGGAAGGAGCCGGGCAGCCCCCGCGGGGCGCCGCCGGUGUUCCAGGUCUGAGCGGCCCCGGCGCGGGAGAGCCCCGGUGGGGCCGGGAGGAGCCCUGAGCUCUGCCCCCGUGGUGCAGGGGCCGGUCCCUGCCCCGGAUCCCAGCGUGGGGCCGAGCAGAGCGGCCCCGGGAGGCGGCUGUGCCCUGGAGGCUGCUGGAAAAACCAGCUCUGCCCCCUGAAAACCCCGAGCAGCGCGGGCCAGGCUCCCUCGGGGGAAGGGGACUCGUGUUCAGAGGGGGAAGCCAAAGGGUGCCUGGCUUGGUUGGAUUCCUUCGCACCCUCAGCUGGGCAGAGCCUCCCCCAGCGAGCUCUGGAGGCUGCCAGGAUGCCCAGGGCAUUCCUUCCCCAUCCUGGCAGCUCACAGCCUUGUCCUCCUGCGAGAGCAGAGGCAGCAGAUGGAGGGGGAAAACCCCAAACCCCCAAAAACCAGGUCUGAGCACAGUGGGGUUUUCUUUCCACCUCGGUUCCUUCCUGCCAGUGCUGCUUCCAAACCUGGUGCCGGGAAAAUGCCGGGUGAUCUGUGCUCCCCGAGGUCCUCCCUGCAGAGGAAACCCCAAAUCCCCCCAAAUCUGGGGAUCCCUCCUUUCCUCCCUGCCCUGGGCUCACCCCAAAUGCUGCCUGUGGCUGUCCAGGCAAGGAGGGCAGAAAAUCCCCCCCAGGAGAAACUGCAGGGCAGGCAAAGCGACCAGAGCGGUGCCAGGGGGGCUGGGGUGUCCCUGAUGUCCCUCUGGGCCCCUCCAGAGCCAGGACAGCACACAAACAAGGGACACAGUCUCAGGGUUGUUAUUUCCCAGCCCCUCGGGCCAGAUCCCUUGGAAGGUCAGCAGCAAAUCCAAAUGUUUUCACCUGAGGCUCUGAGUUCUUAACCUUUGUUCCCCGCGGAGGCUGCAAACCAAACACAGCAGCAAAACCCCUGCUCUGGUUCUUUCUCUGCUGCAGCCACAGCCAUUUGUACUUGAAUGUCUCUGGUUGUAUUUUCGGGUUUUUUCGGGAGGUGCCCAACAAAGUUCACAUGUAGAGGCUGGGUGGGAUCUGGGGAUUUAAAUGUAAAUGUGGCUGGCUGAAGAGCCGUUGGAUUUUCCAGCUGUGGCUGGAGUUCAGUUCUGUAAAACACGUUCAGGAGUGUGGGGGUUCAGGUCUUGGA